UUCUAUUGGCCAUUUUACACUCAUGCUAAGUUGCUAGGAAACAAUGAUGCGCAACAUCGCUCACCAAACAAACACGUUGACAAUUCAGCUUUUUAUCUCACACGUCAAUAAAAUACACAGAAAUAAUGUCCUGCCCAGUUUUACUGGAUAACAAGGCCAAGCCGAAGUCCAUGAGCCGCGCGAAGCAGUGGACAGGUGAGGUGGAGAACCUGUACCGCUUUCAGCAGGCGGGGUACAGAGACGAGCUCGAGUACCGACAGAUUCAACAAGUCGAGAUUGACCGUUGGCCAGACAGUGGGUUUGUGAAGAAGCUUCAGCGUCGAGAUAAUACAUACUAUUACUACAACAGAAAGCGGGAGUGUGAAGACCGAGAGGUCCAUAAAGUGAAGGUGUAUGCGUACUGACCCGACCCCAUCAGCGCUUAUGCCAUUUUCAUUGUUUUUAUUUUUUCAUUUUUAAAUCAUGUCUUUAGAAAACUCAUGGUCAGAGAUGUCUUGCUGUUUUCUUAAUGUAAGUGUCUGAAUGAAAAAAAAAAGAUCUAAAUAAACAUUUUACAUGUAAACAAACAAUA